CCUCCCCAGCCCAUCCCCAGCCCAGCCCAGCCUUCGCAGUAGGUACUGAAUGAAGCCGCGCUUACCCAACCCAGCUCCAUCUACUGCUAUCACCGCCCGCGCUUGGUGUCGCGCGCUACGGGUAUGCGGCAGCAGAAGACCAAGGGCCGCCGGAUCGGGCAAGUGGUGGGCGGGUUGUUCGCGUCCGGGGGUGUGGUGCUCGAGUGCCCUUGCUCGAUUGCCCUUGCUACACUGGCGUGGUGUUCUGGUGUCGGUCUUUGUGCGGCUGGUGUGGGCUUGCAGGUGGGCUCGUGUAUUGAGCUGCUUUGAGACUACCGGUGCUGUGGGUGUGGUGUGCUGUGGUGGGUAUAUCGCGCUGUUGGUAUAUCGCGCUGUUGGUAUAUCCGUGCUCCUGUGGUUUAUCGAACGGUGUUGUUGGACUGUUGCUGGACCUGUUGCUGGACCUGUUGCUGGACCUGUUGUUAAACUGUUAUAUUGGUGUUGUACUGUGGUCGUACUGUGGUCAUACUCGAGACCACACUGCCGCCACACUUCACCGGCACCGCAGACGCCGCGGUUGGGACGCGACGUCACGCCGCCAAUCCGCACGCUACCUCGACGAGAACGGAGAGAAAGACAGCUCGACAUUCGCCGUUCGACGCUCGACAUAACGCUCCUCGGCGCAACCACCCACCGCCCGACGCGCCGCACACACACUCACGCUGCCACCCACCCACCGCCAUGGCCGCCUCAAUAGCCUCCUCCAUGGCCGCCUCCCUAACCCUCCACGCCUCCACCCACGCACCCCCCCCAACC